AUGCCUCUCACCGGACACUGCCUCUGCAAGGCCGUUAAGUACUCAGUCGACAUCGACAAGCCGCUCGUGACGGGCUACGACCAUUGCGACGACUGCCAGCGCCAGACGGGCUCGACCUAUUCCCUCGUCGCCCUCGUCCCCAGGGACAAGCUCAAGAUCGACGGCCAAGUCAAGAGGUGGCAGGGCAAGGGCUCCUCGGGUAACGCCGUUUAUCGCGUCUUCUGCCCUGAGUGUGGCUCCCCUAUUGCUCACGAGCCCGACGCCAACAAAGCCGUAUCUGUCCUCAAGGCCGGCACCCUGGACACGAAUAUCAAGAAGAAUCUAAAGCCUGACACCGAAAUCUGGACCGCGGGAAAACUGCCGUUCUGCCAGGAGAAGUUGGCCAAGGCGUUCGAGCACAUGCCUCAGUAA